AGGCUCAAAAUGAAUAACUUGAUUGGUAGAACCAGUCAUUCUUUAUGCACAUAUUCUCCACCUCAUGAUCAAUCAGAGAAAUCAAUUUCAAUAUUUGAGGGAUAAGAAAAACAAGAAAGAAGGUUAGUAAGAAAAAGGGGGUUGGAAAUUCACCGAUUCACCUCCCCUGGAUCCGCGCCUGAAUCUAGUGGGCAAUGUUUUAUAAAAUCCACUCUAACAMUGAAUGUUUUCGUUUUUCACCGUAUACAAACAUUUCGAACUGUGAUUUUUUGAACAAACCAGAACACAUAAGAUUUGKCAAAGCCYAGACAGCCCGAGUAAACGCCGCAUAUGUUUGGACAGCAGUGAUACAUACCUACGCAUGCGUAAAUUAUCGAAAGCCGAACUGGCGCGCAAUUUAGAAUACAUGUAGCUAGCAGUAAGCUUAUAUUAUACUCGUAUUUUUUCUUACAAUUUGCAAAAUUUUAAUUUCGUAAUGUCACAGAUUGGAGUGCAAUCAUUAACGACAACUACACAAGAACAUGGACAGUCAAGAAGCGAAGAUGAAGMCAUGGAAAUCGAGGAUCACCAAGAUACUGGUCAAGAUGUCGAUCAAGACGUUGAAGUCGUUACACAACCGCCGGGGGAGAGUAUAAACAACAGGUUGGAAAGUGUACACACGACUGCAUCACAACCAGAGAUACCCGUAUCAACUCCGCAUGCGAUCRUGCCGUCUGUUACAUCAACACUUAUCGAURUAGCUGCUCAACAAUCACCCGAAGAAUUUCGCGACGAAACUAACGUCAAAGCAUCGAAACGCCAGCAACCAUCACCUACUAAAGAAUCACUUCUAAAAUCACCUGUGAGAGAUGAUGAUGCACAGUGYUGUCCUAUUUGCUUUGAGCCAUGGUCCAACUCUGGUGUACACAGACUUGCAUCUUUAGCAUGUGGGCAUCUAUUUGGGAGAAGUUGUAUAGAAAGGUGGUUGAAAGCAAAGUCUGCUGUGGAAAAAUGCCCACAGUGCAAUGCUCCAGCACGCCGCAAAGACAUUCGUAAUAUAUAUGCCAAAGCACUCAAAWCCAUAGACACAACUGAGCGAGACAGAGCAUUAGCAGACCUUGAGAAAGAGAAAUCACUUAGGCAAAAGGCUGAAGAAGCAGAAGCAAGAGCAUUGUUACAGUACCAGUUAGUUAAAGUAGAAUGUGAAAGACUAAAGACGAGUUUAGUACAGCAACAGGAAUUGCUGAUUGCCAACAGUCAAGCUGUUGAUUCAUGUACCUGUAGGAAGGUAGGCCCCAAAACAGUAGCUGAAGCCACCUGUCAAUCAUUUACAUCCAGUAAAUGUUAUGUAUUACAACGAAGUUGUCAGAUAUCAAAGGGUGGAUCUCGUGUGAUGGCRUUUGAAGAACAUCAUGCUGUACUUGUGAUUUCUAAACAGUCCUCUAAUCAACUUUAUCCUGGGUUUGGAAUURCUAAAGUUAGUUCAUUAGACAUCAAGCGGUCUGAGUUUGUCCAGAUUCACCAGAAGCCAAUACGAGAUGCAACAUUCAGUAACCAAGGAGAUGGCCUGUUAUUGACAGCUAGUAUGGACAAGACUUUAAAGAUUACCAGUUUACUGAGCAAUACUGUAGUUCAAAGCUACAAUACUCCAACUCCAGCCUGGUCAUGUGCCUGGAAUAAUAGUGAUAACAACUACAUGUACUGUGGCCUUCAAAAUGGUUCAUGUCUAAUGUUUGAUGUGAGAAACACCAAUACAUACUUAAAGAAUCUUGUCAAGGAAGGAGAUACYAUGUGUCCUGUCAUAUCACUAGCUCAUGUAAUGCCUGAUCCUAAUUCCAGUUUCAGACCAGGAGGAGUGAUCGUCUGUAAGCUGGGAGGAGCAUGUUUCUGGGAAAGUACAUUUGGUGUGGAYUAUGUUUGCCAUCCACUUACAUUACCAGAAGGUUCCUUUACCAGACUGUCAUAUGAGCCUUCAUCAAGACACUGCAUGUUCUCACUAAGACCUUCGAARCACAACAAUAAAACAAGACAUACGGUGUGUCAACUUCAAGGAAAUGGAAUAGCAGUAGCUACAGCAAGAUCUCAGAAUGAAGAGUGUCCUGSUUCUCAAGGAAGCAUUAUAACAUGUAAUCCUAUUGCACAAUGUACAGGUGGUUCCAUCCAAAAACUGUUAAGUCGCUCAAUCCUGUUCACAAACCCUGACAACAGUGAGAAACUCAUAGUUGCUGCUCCUGAUGAAGGGUCUAAAGCAGUGCUAUUAUGGGAUGGAGAAUCAGGUCACAAGUUCCAAAAACUUCCGAACCAAACAGAUGCUGUUGUAGAUGUAUUACCAUUUUCGGUCAAUGGUCAGAACUUUUUGACUUCAAUUACAGAGCAAAAACUAGAUGUCUAUAUGUGGCAAUAAUAUAUCGAUGUAAUGGAUUUUGAGCAGAUAUUUCAUAUUACUUUAUAUUACCAAAUAAAGAAAUUAAUGUGUUUGUCAAUUUAAAGUUGAUGAGUAAGUUUGUGGUAACCUCUGUUGCUGGCCUCUCAUCACUUGACUGAAAUAUAGUAGUUUAUUGAACUCUCAUUAUGAUGUUCUGGUGUUUUCCUUAGUCAGUCAUUAAAAAAAAGAGGUAAUAGGUUCCACUUCCAAAACGUAUGCAAUCGAUAGUUAUUAGAUUCACUCAGUUCAAAAGGUUUCUACUCAUUAAAUGCCUUCGAAUUAGAA